GAAGAAGAAUUUGGCCUUUGGCACAGUGCAUCAGUUCGUGUAUUGCAAGCAGGUUGAGUUCUUUUAAGAUGGUUCGUAUGCAUAUAAACGGUUUGGAAAGUACCGCAGAGCAAGCCAGUGGAUUGGUUUGGUAACAACAAUAAUAGAAGAAAUCCAGUGUUUUGUUCCGUUCAUGCAGCUAAAUACACAAUAAGUUACGUGAGGUCGGUGAAGAUGAUGUUGAGAUUACGUAUUUAGUAUGAGGCAGGAGAAUACGGUGAUAAGUGAAUGAAUAAAUACUCCGAAGCCAAUUUACUGCUUGAUGAGGGCUGUCAUGUAAAACUGCAUAGGCGCAGGUUAAUAAUGACAUCUUGGCAUUGGGAAUUUAACCAACAGAGAAAGAUCUUAUUUUUAGUACUCACACGUAUUUGUACAUAUGUGCAUAUGCAUGUCCAAGAUUUUGUAGAUACUUGGCUAGAAAUAUCUCAAAAGUAGUGGUUAUCACGCACACUUUGAGUAGCCAUUCAUGCAUAUCCAUAAGUCAGUAGCAGGCUGGAAAGCUGGGUCGUGACACAUAUUACGAAUUACGUCCUAGAAUUUAUACACAAAUUUGAAAUGGCGAUCUUCACGAUAAAAGCUGCAAGGUUAUCUCGAUCCUCCGCAUUUUCUCGACAUUAAUCUCAUUUCAAAUAAAUAUUGCAACAAAUUAUGACUGAUGUGGACAUGUCAGACGUUUUAUCAGCCGUGCAGCAGCUAUUCAUAUCUUCUGUCUGACCCUCUCAACGUCGCAACCGAAGAUAACAUUCCUCGCCACUCGUGGAAAAAUCAUCUGCCCAGCAAAGAGACGACACAAGGCAGAUAUUUUCCCCGCUGGUUCCAUCCAAGUCUCCUAUUUGGAGAAAGCAGAUGCAACAACGAAGCAGGUUUGGGCAGAGGAGCAGACAGCCGUGGAUGGUAACAUGGAGGCGGGGUGGAAGGAAAAAGGUAUCAAAAACCUGCCACACUCUGCCACCUCGUCUCAUUCAAUCUUGGGGGACGACAAACACUCCUCUUCCUGCACCACUUUCUCUCUCGCUCCUCACCUCGUCUCAACUUUCUCCACGCACUCUGCAGCGUUCGCCAAGGUUUCUCUCACCACCGUCCCCACCAGUACAGUCAUUUCCGAGGGUGAAGAAUGUCAAGGUCAGGGAGGCAGCAGCAGCGGCGGCGGACAUCGCCAGCGUCAUUCCAAGUGAUUGGUCUCCUCCUGGUCGUCUACUGCAUGUGCAGCAGCUGCGUCAUGAUCGCCUCAUCCGCACGGACGAGGGGGCUCGGCGGAGGUGGUGGAAUUCGAACUGUCCAAUGUUUCCACUGCAUCUGGUACCCAAAUCCGGAGCUAACGUCGGCCAAAAACGCGUCUGAAAUCUGUCGUCAGCACUCCUUCAAAUUGCCAAUGAUUAUCGAAUCCUGCGAACUGGGAUGUGUCGUUUCCGCCGUCCACACCACCGAAGAGUACAAGCGGGUGUUGGGGGACAGGAAGAAGAACUUGCUCAGCACGUACGUGACUGCAGCCAAGAGCAAGGGGAUCAACCUCCUCGGGAACAAUAUGGUCUCCCUGAGGAGGAAGCCCCACGAAAACUACUCCGUCAACAUCACCCUCCCACCCAUGGAGUUCUUCCUUCGAGGCUGUGCCAGGUCCUACCACACCGGAUGCAUCAUGGACGUCUCUCGACCAGGAGUGUACCACGAGGACUGCUUCUGCCACCGAGACCUCUGCAACGGCAACCUGUCCAGCUCCAACGACAGCAGCAUCUUCGUCUCGUCCUGGAUGGCACUCGUCCUCCACUUCGUCAUGCGGAUCGUUGACGGAAUUGUACUAAAAACACGAAGCCGUCUUAAUGAGAAAAUGGUGCUAAAUAAUAAUGAUGCGUCGUAUGGAAAGGAGAUACCAGAGCUUAAAUUACUUCUGUAGGGUGACAUUCUUUGUUAUGCUGUAAAACACGCGAGAAUAAAGAAUGUCGCCCAAAAUAACAACAGCAGAAGAGAGAACGCCGAGGAAACCGAAAACAGCUAAAUGUUCAAAAAUGUUCUUGUUCUAUAAAGGAUUUUGCUCUUGUAUUUAUUUAGUUAUGACAACUUAAUGUUCACAAGUUUAAAUCAGGCGUAAACUUUGAAAGUGAUGUUCAAGAUUAUAAAAAAAAUAUUAAGGGAAAUACAAGCAAUUCGCUUAAUCUUUACAAGCCAAUGUUAGGUCGUGAUUGGAAUCGUGUGCUUAACUUUUAAGAGGUGAAAGUAAGAAGAGAAACAGAGAAAAAAAAUUAUGUAUAUAAUUUCAGUUUAAACUGGGAAAUUCAUAAAGAUUGAACCUGUAUCAAAUUUGUACUCGACUGAAUGCCUGUGACCUACAUAUUACCGUGCAGUGAGACUAGUGAGAGACACACGCGUAUGGUGCUGGGACUGCUGGAUAAUAUCCAGCAGUGGAUAUUCAGUUGAUUUAGAACUAGAAACAUUUGCAUGCACAUUUCUGACCGGGUACUUACGAUGCAAUGGUGUGAAGGGCAACCCUCCGAUUUGGUUGAAAUUUUAAACUUAUACAGUUCAAGUCAAUACAACCAACGUUUCUUGGCGCAGUUUGUGCGAUGGUUGGAAUUAGCAAAAUAUUUGUGGUCAAAGUUGAAAAAUGGUCCACCUUUCCCGAAGGGAGUGAGAGUGAGGUUUGCUUCCUCCGAUUGGUAAGAAUCUCCCAUUUUCUCAACUUUGGCCUAAAAUAUUUUUGACCAAUUCCAAAACCAUCGCAGAAACUGCCUCAAGAAACGUUGAUUGUAUUGACUUGACGUGUAUAAGUUUAAAAUUUCAACCAAAUCAGAGGGUUGCACUUCACACCAUCACAUUGUCCGUAAGUUGCACAUACGUGGGAUGAUUGAUACUAGAUACAAAAUAUCUUAUUAAUCUGAUAUUUUUACAAAAUACAUUACAAAAUACAACCUUUUUCAAAUGCGUACUCAAUCCUAACUCAUUCCUGGUUAUUUCCUGUACAUUACGGUUGUUUCCUGUGCAUACAUAAGUCUAUCUGUAUAUUUCUUGUCAUCUUUGGACGCAUACGAUGCGCACAAUCUUUUCAACUUGUGACAUAAUUUAUGUGUGUACCUGGACUUGAAAGUGUAUGUAAAUACUUAUUCACAUGUCCCAAUUUUGGUAUGAGGGAAUGAACGGUCUACUUAUGUAACUUAGGAUUAGCAAACGUAAACGUACUUCUGGUGGACCAUGUCAAGUCCGUCUCUAAAUUAUUUCUUGAUAAUGUACACGGAAAAUCAAAUAAAAAUUUAUAAAUUAUAUUUGUAAAUAUAAAAUAUGUCGUACAGUUAAAGGGGUGCCCGAAAUAAGGUUGUGAAACAUAUACAAAUUUUGAAGAAAGGUUGACAGCAGGAAACGAAAGGGUUUUUGGAAAGCUAAUGUGAUGACAUAGAUAAAAAAUAUAUAAUCGAACCAAGAAUAAAAUUCUUCGAUAAAACUUGUAUUACUUAUAUAUAGUAGAUGUGAAUAGCUUAUAUUGUUAACCCCGUUGUAUUGCUGAAUCAUGCAGAAGUAUGGUCGUUGUACUCUAUGGGAUUUAUCAGAAAUUAUUACCAGCUGCUAAACAGCUUGUGGGCCAUACAAUGACAACUAAAUUGAAUUCCUUCUUCUUCUGCAAAUGAAAAACAAAACUUUACUUGAGAGUGUGUCCAUGAAUCAGAGAAUGUUGUACUGCACACACAAUGAAGAGAUUGGAUUGUUUACAGUCAAAUGUACAUUUGUAUUGCAUAUUUCUUGUAAUUUAUCAAUCCCCUUGAAAUUUCUUAAUGUUUCUUAAUGUUCACGAAUUUGAUGUAUUAGUUGAAGUGCAUGUGUAGCUUUCCUUGAAAAAUGACUCGUACUGUAGAAUGAACUUAUUCGUCGUUUAUAUUAAUUGUAUCACACUUUUUCCCUGAUUGUUGUCUAAGAAUCGGUAUUAACUUGCAGGAGGAGGAAGAUAAAGCAAAGAGGUUGUGACUAAUUCUUGCAGACAAAGACAAUGGUAUUUGUUGUAUGAUUUUAUGAGUAGAACAGAAUGCACCAGCUCCUGUCACCAGUUUUGUAUUUUCAACAUUACAACUUAUAAAGGCAUGUUUUUAAAGAUAAGUAAUAAACACAUAAGUCAUAAAAUUACACAUAUGUUAAACUUGUGCAAACAGGUGGAUAUUCCAGAAAUAUUUAAGAAUUGGUUGAGUUCAAUACUCUAAGAAAUGUGUUUAUUGUAUUUCGGUAAAUAAAAAGUGUGUAGUUUUUGCCCCUUG